AUGACGGCUGUACUUAGUGCCGUCGCUAUAGUCUAUUUAACGGUUGCUAUUUACAUGCCAUACACGCGCGCGAUCGCUUCGGGGAUCGAUCCGACCCCAAUUAUGUGCACAACAACAAGGGCUAUUAACAAAGACAACUGUGAUUGGGGCUCGUGUGGUGAAUGGUGUCUUAGCAAAACCUCAGGUGCCUGCAUUCAAAUCUACGUGAACGUGAGAAAGAAUGGCUCAUCGCUGCUUCUCGCUGAAUGUAGUAGCGCUGCAAACAAGACCUGCUACGGUAUAGAUCAAGAAAAUGCUAAGAAAUAUCACUGUAUUCGUGAUGAAUGUCGCAACUUAACAGGAACUUUUAAUUGUACGGAAGGAAAAUGCAUUAACAUAACGGAUGCUUUCGAGUGUGCUUUUAGAGAUACCGAUCCACCUUUGAAAUGUUCAGGCAGACGUGGUAAAAUUACGUGCAUAGAUGUUCACGGUUUAUAUUCAUGUAAUCGAGGUACUUGUAGAAAAAUAAGAACACCUUAUAAUUGUGAUCGACGAUGCGUUGACAUUCCUACCCGCAACAAGAACGUAAUUGUACUUAGUGGUGAUAGAGUAUUCUUAGCUAGAUGUGCAAAGUUAGCUCAAGAAGAUGGUGGAAAUAUAGUCUGGACUGAUUCAGGAGAAGAAGUACUUAUGUUGUCAUGUCAUGCAGUUCAUAACAGUUCAUCUGGUGUAGUUGCAGUGGAUUGCAUCAAUGCAGCUUUGUUACCUCGUACUGAUAUUGCAGAUCUGACUAACUUUACGUAUUUACAGCACCUUUACACAAUUAGAGCUACUCCAAAUCGUCUUAUAGCUCCAUCUGAAGUAGAACUUACAUUGGCUAAUGAUAGUCGUUUGAUGAUCAACUUAGAAGGUUGCGUCAAUACUCUCGCAGAUGAAUGUAAGGAAUUUCUAAAGGACUACGGCCGCGACGGAACUGAUCAUAACGCUAAAGCUAGAUUUCCUUGUUUUUACACCGAAAACAAUCCAGAUACAGUGGUUGCGAGGUUCGAUUUAGACGCCACCUUCCGGCAGUUUCUAGUAGCUCUAGUUUUGCCGACAGUGUUGGUGGUAGUGUCAUGUAUAACUUUAUUAUUAUGCCAAAGGACUGUGGAAGUUGGCGACGAUGCGAAGAUGAGAUUCAAGGGUUGCACAAGUGGUCAAUCUGAAAUGCAAAUGCAUCCAAACGAUCCUGUUUCUCCCCUCUGA